AUGGCGGAUAAAGUUGGAUUAGAAAAAAAUAAAGUAUCUAAACAUGACCUAAAUAUGAUUACUGUUAAUAGACCUCACCAGGGACUGAUCCUCGAUGCUUCUCUAUUGGAAAUGGUUGCUAUUAAGGAAUUGAAACCUAUUUCAAUUAAGGAACAAGAGACUACUUCUCUUUGGGUUGCUUUGGAUGAGGUUACUGAUCCUCAGAAUUUGGGUGCAAUUAUACGGGCUGCUUACUUAUUAGGAGCUUCUGGGAUCGUCUUAUUUGCGAAGAACUGUCUACCAUUGAGUGGGGUAGUGAGAAAAGCAAGUGUCGGCUCACUUAAAUUAAUGGAGCUGAGGUCUUGCAAGAAUAUGAUGCAAUUCCUUGCGUCUUCUAUAGAAAAUGGAUGGCGGAUCCUAGGAAGUGAAGGAACUGAGCUGAGGCUAUUGGUAGAGAGGUCAGAUACUGAAUUAGUUAAAAUUCCAAGAAAUAUCCCUUUCAAUAUAGUUGUUGGACAAGAUGAGGAUGCUGAGUGCGAUAAUAGUAUUUCAGGCCAGAAUUAUAGAUCUGCGGAGAUCAAAGAUCUUGUCGAUCUUGGAGACAGUGACAACGUCUCCAACUUUAAGCCAAGGACAAAUGUGCCAGGAACUUCUGGUGCUGCUAUCCACUCUGCCUGA